AACGGGGCUCCUUGGCCCUUCUAAGGGCUACUAGUACUAAAAUCAGAGACGCUCUAAAAUGACAUCUUCCUGAACUGUUUAAUGUAUUACAAUCAACCUUGAUUUGUAUCAUCUUUAUAAGAUCCUUUACCAACUUUGUUCAAUCACUGAGCCCCAAUAAAGGGCUGCUAGACUUAGAAAUAGAUAUAUAUUUAAAAACCUGAUCCUCGUCAACCGCUUGAUGGAUCUUCAUCAAACUUUUGUAACUUUAUUAUAUGAUCUUUUCUCAAGUUUAUUCAUAUAGGGCAUUUGGCCGCUAUUAGGGGCCGCUAGAACUUAAAGUAGAGACGCCUUGAAAAGACUAAUUUUCGUGAACAGUUUGAUGGAUGGUAAUCAAAUUUGGUCUGUAACGUCAAUAUACGGUCUUAUGUCAAAUCAUUUAACGGUUUUGUUUAUUUCUUGCGGUCCCUGAAAGGGCAAAACACCACCACUGAUUAAUUCUGAGAUACAACCGUGCAAUGAUGGAACAAAGCAAGUUUGAUGAAGAGCCAUUAAGCAGUUCAAGCGAGUAAGUCUUUUAAAGGUAUUUCUGUUUUAAGCUAUAGUGGCAUUUAUUAGCAACACCUAAUAAAAUAUUUUGUUUACUGUAAGUAAAGAUAUCACACAAGGUAGUUUUUUUCACCAUGUAGAAUUUAACUAUAUCCGCAUUUUUUAAAACUUCAGAAUAUACUUCAAACUGAAAAUAUCUCGAGAAAAAAUAGUAAUGUUGUCGUUUUGAAAUUUUACUCACAGGUUCCAUUUAUUUAUAUUAUUUAUUUUUCGUUUCCAAAUUUUACUCAUUAAGGACGUAGAUCGCAUUUUUGCGUUCGUUUCAACUCUUAUCGAGUAACGCAUGUCGUUCAAUCUAGCAAUUUCUACCAAUGAAAAUAUUUUACAGAAAAGACUAAUUAUACCCGGAAACAAUCGAAACAAUCAAAAUAUUAUUUGAACGUGUAUUUUCAAUCUAAUCAUCACUAAAUAUCUGAAUUAGAAAGUUGUUUCUAGAUAUUGCAUGUUUAUCUUCACUUUCUAUUAUACUACAGUGUUUUUCCAUUUCAGUAGUUUUAAUUCUGUUACAUAAAAUAUAAUUCUUUUCUUGCAUAAUGCCAUUGGUUUUAAAUUUUAGCAAUAGAAGAAUAAAUAUAAAACUAUCAAAUGAUGGUUGUUUUUCUAUGUCCAUUUCUACUUGAAUACCGCAGUUUUCCAUAUUUAUGUGGAUUCAUUUGGCCUGUAAAAUGUUUUUGCAUAUUAAAAUAUUAGUAAAUUUUACAUCAUUGAAUAGAUCAUAAAUUCCCCUAUCAGUUUGUAAAGUUUCAGUCUUCUUGAUCAUUAGAACGUGUCAAAAAGUUACAGUAAACAGAUGUAUGUCCGUAAUAUUGAUCAAAGAAUCCAGAGAUCUUAUCGAUUAUUGAUUAUCGAUGAAAACCCACAUACAGAGCAGAUAUUAAAUGGAUUAGUGGCUUAGGAAUGUACUGGAAAAUUGAUAACAGUAAUUAAGUGGAGAUAUGGUUCCUGGUAUUAAUGAGUUAAACGAAAAUAUCACGACCAACACGUCGAUUUUUAAAUGCGAGUUAACUGAGUCUAAACUGUCUUUUAUAUCAUGUAAAAUACAAGGUAUUGAAGAACGUUUCGGAACUGUAAAAAACAACGCAUUUUUAAUGCAUUAUUCAGACAGUUAAUUGAAACUGAUAUCAAUGCAAUAUCAAUGCAAAAUAAGUCAAUUUUAAUCGUUUUUCAUUGAUAACUUAGAAUAACCUCAUAAAUUUUCCCAUUAUCUAAAUAUUGCAUACAGAUGUGUAAAAUAGAAAAAUACCAAACAUAUUCAUCUGUAAACAAAACGUGUCCAAUACAUUGAAAAUUAAAAUGAAAAUUGCAUUUAAUAUACAUCAUAAUUUUGAAAUAAACAAAGUUGGAUCGACCAACAUAUUUUUACACGCCCGAAGGGACGUAUUAUGUUAUACCCCAUGUGUCCGUCCGUCCGUCCGUCUGUUAGCAACUUAGUGUACGCGUUGUAACUCUUGAACGCCUUAAAGGAUUUCAAAGAAACUUGGCACAAAAUAUCACCCCACUGAGACUACGUGCAGAGCGCAUGUUUCGGUUGACUUGCUUCAAAGUUAAGGUCACACUUAGUGGUCAACGUUCAAAUAUGACUUUGCUUUUUAUUAUUGGCCCUAGGGGAAAACCGAGACCACUUUCUAUGGUACAACAUGGAUGAUACCUCCAAUUUGUAGGUGUAUUUUGACCUGGUAAGGAUUUCUUUUGGAAUUUCAUUCCUUUGUUGUUCCUGUCUUUGGGCUUCUACAGUCAAGGUCUAUAAAUUUUUCUCCCAUCCUCUGAUGUAACCAUUCGGGCGUAUAUUAUCCCGCUUGGUGGAGCUCAUGUUUGAAUUAAAACGACGCCAACAUAAAAUACAUAUAUUAAUAACUGGUAUUGUCUCCUUUCUUAUCAACAGUAAAAAGGAGCAAGAGACCAUUAACUACCCGACAUCAUCAAAAUAAACUGAAAAAAGAAUGAUUGUUUCUUCAGCUGUAUUUAUCGUUAUCUGUGUUGCUGCAGUAAAUGCAAGGUCAGAGCUGGUUUCUUUCCAAAAGGAUGCUUAUCAAUCUAGUCUCUUUGACCAAACUAAAGGUCAAAGAAAGGGCAGUCGAUGGAAAAACGUCGUCUCCUAGCUCAUGUUUUCAUACUAAGUCCGCCGCGAUCAACUGGUGGUACGUCGAUUUGGAACAGAUCUACCCAAUUUCCCUUAUAGAACUGUAUAACAGAUUAGACUGUUGUUCGAAUCGAGCCAGAAACAUUACAGUACUUGUGGGAGAUUCCUUAAAUAGUUUGACACAAGUUGCGCAUUAUAGUGGCCAGAUUGAGGAUCAACAGGGUGUUUUCUUGUCAUCGACUGUUGACGGGAGAUAUGUUAAAGUUAUCCAGAAGGCAAAUGAUUAUUUUCACCUUUGUGAAGUCAAAGUAUGGGCAUAUUACCCAGACGAGAAUGAUGGUGAUUAUUUACUAUUAAUUACUAGUAGUGACAGUAUAGACAGUCUAUUACUUGUGACUAUUUCAUUUUUCAAUAAAUAA